AUGAACGAAGAUUUGUGUUCACGUGCAACGUUACCGAAAUCUUGCAAACACAUAUCGUUUAUACAUUCGAAGUUCAUUAGCAAUGUUCUACAACUGACUCAUCCAGAUGUGAUGAACGUUGAUGAGAAUCAAUGUUACAUACCUGGGUGCCAGAAUACAGAGAAAAGCCUGCUUAAAACAUUCAUUCAUAUGGGACAUCCUCCUAAAAGGACAUAUCAUUCGAUCAAUUACAUUGGAUUAGGCUUAUUUAAUGGUAUUGAUACAUCAGACUGGUACACUGCAUAUGUUCCAUUGAAUGUUUGGAAUUUCAAUGAUGAUAUUUACCACAUUAAGAGGUCACUGAUAAGAAUUAUUUCUCAUUCUAAGUUAUGGUUAGACAAUCAUGAUUCUACAAAUGAAGAUGCGGAAGACAUAUGCUCGUCUACACAAUUUGUAACGCAGGGAGAUUUAGCAGAAAACAUUUUUAAAAAUCCCGCAAAAACAGCAAACUUACCGGAUAACGACAAAUAUAUAUUUGCGACUCCAUCAUGUAUGUAUGCUAGUAAAUCUGAACUGGCAUCACAUAUUGAAUUCGAUGGAUUGGAUGUUAAGCUACAGAUCUUGGUUCAAGUAAAAGUCAGGCCUAGAAGUUUCAUAGAAUCGUCGAAUACUUUACAGUUGAAUCCAAGUUUUGAUUCGUGUUUCCCCAACGACUGCAUAGAGUGGUACGUCAGUAACACCGAUAACAUAGUGCCUGAGAGAUUGCUCUUUAAAAUUCUACCUAAAACAUCGCAGCCCAAUGACAAGCAGAAUGUUCACACUUCUGAAGUUUCAAAAGUAGAUAAAAAGGUAACUUUAAUUGCUCCAUUGACCAAUAUAACAAAAAAACUAUCUUCUGAACCUGGAUUUUUAGAGUUGCAGAAUUCGUAUAUGUAUGAAUUAACAGUUGAUUCUUUGGUCUUUGAUACUCCCUUUGAUAAGUCAUCAGAUUUAGAUGAUCUUAACAAAUAUCUUUUACUAAAGUUUAAAUGGACGGAGAACCAUAACAAAACUAUAUACUACUUGAAAACCUUAAUAAAUAACAAGAAUCUGGAGUGGAAUGCAUCUUUAAAAGUUUGGAAAAUACCAUGUUUGUUUCUUUAUGAGAUUGUAAAAUUUACACUUUAUCUUGGUUUAAAGGUUAAUGAAAAGGUUUUAUAUACUCUUUGGAAUUGGAUAAGAGAUUUAAAUAUCAAGAACGUAUCAAGUACAUUCAGUGUUCAUACUUUCACGGCGUGGGUCAAGAAUUAUAAUGUUUGGUCUUUUCAGCGUAUCAUACUGACAAUUUCAAAUUCUGGAACCGUCGAAAAUGUGGCUGGCAGUUCCAGCACAGAUCCAUAUCUAAGUAUAAAUAUAAUUCCUUACAAUAAGGACCUAAUUUCUUUGUUCAAAGAGCGUAAUUCAGUGAAGCCACAUUAUUUAUGGGAUCAAACCAAUCAAUAUUGGAGAUGCAACAGGUUAAGAGAUUUGAUUAUAGAUGCUUUGACUUUAUUUCCGAAUUUGCGAGAGCAAAAUGUUAAUGAACAGGAGAUUUUAGAAGAAAAGGGAAUAUUUUUAUCUGCACUAAAACCUGAUAGGUUUGUUGGCAAACGACCAGUAUCAAAUCUACAAGUAAAAGACAACAAGAGAUACAAAUGUGAUGUAGAGAUGAACGAUGAAUUUGAAACAAUUAGUAAGAUUUUAAUUACUGCGGCUGGGGAAAAUCGGCACAUUCCACGGCUUACAGAUAAGAUCAAUCGCAUUACUCAGACAAUUUCUCCUCCUGAAUCGAGUAUUUCAUCUAAUGGAAAGAUUAUAAUGGGAGGUGCCGGAACUGGGGGUAUUGAGUUCGUUGAGGUUCCUAGGGACGUAGAAACUUGGAACCAGAUUUCAUUCUGUGUAGUUCCAAAUGAAGAUGAAGAUGGAAAUAUUCCAGUAGAUCAAUACGAUCAUAACUUACUAGCCAGUUUGAUAGGAGAAGUUUUUAUCAUAAAGGAAAGCGCAAUUGAUUAUUUAAUCUCAAACUUUAAACAAUGGCCAAGUCCACAUGAUACUAUUAAUUAUACCAAGUGGACUAAUGUUGUCACUAAGAAUGAACCAAAAUGUUGGGGAGGUCUAGAUUUCGAUGGGAGACAAAGCCUUGCUCAAACAAGACUAUUUUCUGAAGAGGACUUUUAUAUUUCAGGAAGUAACAUGAAUCGUGAUGCCAUGCUGUGCAGAUUAUUAAUCCAACUGGGAAACGGGAAAAUAGUUGAAGACGCAAAGGAUGCUGAAUAUGUGAUAGUUACCGACAACACUACUGAUGAGGCUUUAGAACUUUAUAGGCAAGUUUGCGUACUAUUAAUAUCUGGUUUAGGAAGUUUGGAAAUAAUGAUGAAGACAAAAUAG